AUAAGACUAUAAAUAUUAUUGAUGAUAAUGAUGAAACUAUACCUAAUACAGACUUUUUAAAUAAACUUUUGAAUAAUAAAUUUUAUGAACCUAAUAUUGAAACUAUGCAAUCUGACUUUAAAUAUAAUGAUGAAAGUAUUGCUGAAAGUGGUAGUUAG